AUGCAGAACAUGUCGGCCACAGGCCAGAUGUACCUGAACUAUGGCCAGGUGCUGCCGAAGGGCACUACCCAGGUGUCAGCUUUGCUGGACAUGGCUGCAAGACUGAAGGCUUCGGGCGAUUCCCGUGGUGCUGCAGAGAAGUGUUUCGAGGUACUCAGUUUGGACCCCGAGAACUUCCAGGGCCAUCUCAGCCUCGGCACCUUGUACUUGGCAGCUGGUGACUACGCAAGAGCUUUGGAGCAUUCGGAGAAGGCCUACAAGUUGGAUCAGCGAUCCACAGAGGCCAUGAACAAUAUUGGCGCAGUCUGCAGACAGCAAGGGAAUUACCAGGCUGCUGCGGAUUGGUAUCGUGCUGCGCUGAGAACGAACCCGAACUGUGAGACAACUCCGAUGAAUUUGGCAGUUUGUUUGAUCAACCACGGGCUACAUCUGAAAGCGUCGGACCCAAAGGGUGCCAUCAGAUGCUACACAGAAGCGCUGGUUCAUUGCCCAACCAAUGCGAAUGCAUAUUACAAUUUGGGCGUGUCCUACGCAGAGAUGCACAAGUACGACAAGGCUCUUAUCAACUACCAGCUCACGGUGCACUUCGAUCCACGCUGCGCUGAGGCUUACAACAACAUGGGCGUCAUCUUCAAGGAACAGGAGAACCUCGACAAGGCCCUAAAGUAUUACCACAUGGCCAUUCAGUGCAACCCGCGAUUUGCACAGACUUUGAACAAUCUAGGUGUGGCUUACACCACGUCGGGAAGGCUGACUGAGGCGCUUGAGUACCUGUCAAGGGCGGUCGCAGUGGCUCCCAACUACGCCGAAGCAUACAACAACUUGGGCUGGCUUUUCUGGGACCAUGGAGACCUAGCACAGGCUUUGCGCAUGUACGAGCGCUGCAUCGAGCUGUCCCCGACGUCCAAAAACCCUUCACAGAAUCGUUUACUGGCAUUGAAUUAUUUGCAUGGAGUGUCCCCAGACCUUGUCUUUCAGGCGCACACUGCUUGGGCUGAGCGCUUCUGCCGCGAGGUGGGUGUUCCGUUCACAAGUUGGUCCAACUCAAAGAUACCUGGGCGGCAACUCAGAAUCGGGUACAUCUCUCCAGACUUUUUCCAUCACUCUGUGUCCUUCUUCUGUCACGCUUUGCUUGAGCACCGCAACGCCGAGCAGUUUGACGUCUUCAUCUACAACAACGCAUCGCGCGAGGAUGACAAGACUGAGCUGUUCAAGUCUUUAGUGCCUGCCAACCAGUGGAAGAAGGUCACUGGCAUGGCUGCCCACGAGGUGGCUGAGAUGAUCCGGCAAGACCAGAUUGACAUUCUGAUCGAGUUGGCAGGACACACAGCCAACAACCGCUUAGAUGUGAUCGCACUGAAGCCGGCGCCCGUCCAGAUCACUUACAUCGGCUACAACAACACCACGGGGUUAGGCACAAUUGACUACCGGCUGGUGGAUGACAUUGUCGAUCCGCUGGACACUCAACAGCCCUUCAGCGAGGAACUGGUACGCAUACCUGGGUGCUUCCUCUGCUACACACCUCCAGCCCGCGUGCCGGAUGUAGAGUCCCUGCCGGCUCUGCGAAACGGCUACGUCACCUUCGGAAGCUUCAGCUGCCUUGCGAAAGUGGGCGAGCCCGUCGUCGCACUGUGGGCUCGUUGCUUGCACGAGGUUCCAAACAGCAAGCUGCUGGUGAAGAACAAGGGUUUCUAUUCUCAAGACGUUCAGGCCACUUUCAUCAACAAGUUCAAAGCUUACGGCAUCCAGGAGCACAGGCUGAAGCUUUUGUCGCUUGCUCCCACAUCCUACGAACACCUCAACAUCUACAACGAGGUAGACCUGGCCUUGGACACCUUCCCGUACUCCAACACCACUACAACCUGCGAAUCCCUCUUCAUGGGCGGGAGCCCUAGCGUUUGGGCCAUUUUGGGCCGCCGCUUCUUCGUCGUUUCCCGAGUGGAGCGAGAUCGCAUAUGUAUUCAAAACAUUGCAGAACGCGCGCUGACUAUCAAGCAGCUCUGCGAUUUGCGGGCCUUUCUGCAGCGGCUUUGCAAAGCCAAGCUUCUGAAACGCACCUGCGAUGACAAAUCCAGGUCUGGGACUUCAGGCCGUGCCGAGGAUAAGCAGUUGAGCUGGCACGAUCUGAAUCUGUACGACGUUACAGAUGAGGUCAUUAAGCCCAUCAUUCAGUUCCGCGAAAUGAAGGUGGCCACCAACGUGCCAAUGACAGGCCAUUUUGCAGGCUACUCGUGGGCGGAGCUUGUCAGUGAGAAGCCACAACGUCCGCAACUAAUGAUCAGUCAUUGGUGGGGAGGGCAACUUGUGGUAACGUAUUUUGCCGAGAAUCUUUUAGGUCGGUUCUCCGAUUUCAUGAGCGCUAUCGACAAGAUAAUGGACGACCGAGCACUGAGCAUAUGCACGACCUUUUGGGUUUGCACUUUUGCGAACAAUCAAUUCGGCGAGAACUUCGGCGCCACUAUCAUGGACACCCCUUUUGUCAGAGCCGUGGAAUUUGCGGAGGCGACCAUUCUGAUGGUGGAUCGCGAGCUGCACUACACCAUCCAACAAGAGAAGGCCCUGGAGCUCUACACUUCUGCUGGUCUUGUGGGCUCCAAUGCAGUCUCCUCCGGGCCUCUUGUUGAUGCGAUCUCUCAGUGGGAUGUGCGAGACAGCACCGCGUCUGAGGCAGCCUACAGGCGCCAGAUUUUCAAUUUCAUUGCUGGUGUUCCAGAGAAAGCUGGGCUCUUAACCGUAGAUCGAAGUCCUGACGGUGACCUUGUGCUUGUGGACGGGCGACCUCAGCUGGAUGGUCAAGAUGGCGGUAACAAAGGUGAGGAGCAUGCCCUUUUCAUCAAGCACCACAAGGCCUUCGAGGCUUUGAACAUGGAUGUUCGGGUAUCAGUGAUCGGUCUAAUUGGUGCAUGCCGGAGGAACCGGGGCUGCGAACUGCCGCAGAUUCGUGAAAGAGGAAUCACCCUUGGACAACUCAGGACUUUUGCGCGCAAGGCCCGGACGUCUCUUGGCAAGUCCUUGCCUGGGGCUCCAUGGGAAUCCAUCACGGUAGACCAAGUCACGGAGAAGUUCAUCAUCAAGGAGACAUCCAAACGCAACUGUUCGUACGUGGAACUCGUGGCUGAAGGGCCGCAGGUUCCAGACACCUUCAUCGAUUACCAUGCGUCCAUGUAUUUGGCAGACGUCAUGGCAUGCGUUGAAUGGUUUGCUGAAGCAACCGGAAUGAAAGAUUCUGCGGUCUUUUACUGGUGGCUGCUGGCCAAGAACCCGAAGCAAGUAGAAGCCGACAGGAGGAGCAAUCAGUUCGAAAGGGGCCAACUUGUUGUGGACAAGUCGCAGCGUGAAUGCCGAUCCUUGCUGGUGACCUCGGGUGCGAUGGUUCAGUGCGGCGUUGCUACACAAACCCAGCCGUGGAGGAUCACCCGCGCAUGGCGCCUUUACCAGCUGGAAUGUGCAGCUCGUCUGGGACAGGCGAUCUAUUUAGCUUGUCCAUCAGGCGUUAUGGCGUGCACGAAGCUCUUCCCGAAUGGCCAUUCCAAGUCUGGUACCAUACCUCGUGCUAUAACGGAGGCAGUUUUCAACGUAGACAUUGAUGUUGCUUCUUGCACUGUCGCAUCUGAUCGGGAGGCUAUUCUAGCUUUCAUCCGAGGAAGCAAUGGAAGAGGGGUGGAGCGAUUGCGACGGCGGCUUCAGCGCUGGGCAGCGUUUCACUUGGUCUCAGUUCUGGCCGCUUCCGGUGACCAAGAACUGGCGAAGCUGGAAGAAAUUUGUUCGAUCCCCGGGUUCAGCAUAAAUGCAGAGCUAGCCAAAGGCACGCUGGGUGAGUCAACCCUGCACGAAGCCGUCGCAGCAAAUUCCUAUGCCACUGUUGAGCGGCUGCUGUCGCACGGCUUUCCACCAGAUCCCCUGGAUGCCAUGCACGAAACUCCACUGCACUAUGCAGCCCUUGCAGGCAACCUCCACCUGGUCAAGACACUUCUGGACGGCCGGGCGGACCCUGUGAUGGAGUCGGUAUUUGGAGAGACGCCCCUGGAUGUGGCUAUCGAAGGACCUGCUGCUUUUUUGGGCCAGGACUGCCGGCCCGUGAUAAAGAUCCUCACGCAGAGCGGCGAGAGGCGAUGCUCAGAGCAUCGCCGGCAGGUCUGCCACACCUUGCUCAGCGCGGUUGGCUUGGGCGAGUUCUCCGCUAGCACUCAGGAGGAAUACGUCACCAAGGUGAAGGGCGUGUCCAGCAACCUUCAAACUCUUUCCAUGCUGCGGAGGAACUUGCGUCAGAUUAUGCUCGCUUCACCGUUAUGCGACGGCCCGGGAUUUGUUCGUGACAAGUACGAGCCCAUUCUGCGGGAGAAGUGGCUUGCUUACUGCAACGGCCGUGCUCCUUCACAACAGGUGUACUCAAGCUCCGACCUGCCUGAUCCCUUGUCGCCUGGGCCUUUUGCACCACCCUUGGCACCAGGCCAGCCGUUCGUCCAGGGUCCCUCGCAAGUGCAGACCAGCCACCAGGUGGCGUCCAUUCCCCUCACACAGAACGGUGUCGUGGUUGGGUCAGGCACAGCCUUACCAGCGAUCGUCACCACUCCGCUACAGCUACCCCUGGGCACCUUGACGUUUCCGGCUGUUACCCAACCGCAAGAGGCAAUUCCAAUGUCUCCCGUGGACAGCGUGCGGCCUGUCCCUGGCACAGUUUGGCAAGUGACCGAUCCAGCGGUGUAUCCAUCCUUCCAUGGCCAUGGCACACAGCUGGCAGGCCCUCCAACGCGACACCGCCGCGCCCGGAACCCGCGCCUUCAUCCCGGGGCUGGGGCGCGGCGAGUAUGA